AUGCCUUGGAAAAUUGGUUUCAAAGAAAUUAAAGAGAAACCGAUUAGACCUGGAAAGCUUGAGCCUCAGGAGAUUGGGCCAAAGCUGAAAGAAGAAUUGAAUGAAGCCCUGGAGUGCUCUGAGCCGGCCCUGAGACUAGCUGCUAAUGGUGGGAACCUGGUGGGGAUGCUGGUUUGGGACAUUUUCUGCCUUCCACUGAUGCCAAGAAUCCACACCAAGGCUAAGGUGUCCCCACGAGACACCAUGGUGUCCUGUAUCAUCCUCGGCCCAGCAGAUAACCGAGCACACAGAGUUGGAACGUUGAUUGGUAAGGAUACACCUACAGUUUACAACACCUGCUGCUUAUAUAUACCUGUUGCAGAGUUCAGUUUAUCUGGAGUCCACAACGCACACGGGCCAGGUCUCAGAGGGCACAGUCCGGCUCAGGAAACCCUGCAGACUUCUGCCUCCUUCCCAGCAACCAUGAGUGAAUGUGCCGAGGAUCAUCCGCUGAAGGACAGGCUGCAGAAACUGAGAUGUCACUUCACAUGGGGGCUGCUCAUCGAAGACACUGGGUUGCCUGACCUAGAAGACAGAAUUCUGGAAGAGAUACAAUUUCUAGACACUGAACACAAGGUAGGAAUACACAACCUGCUGGCCUAUGUGAAACACCUGCAAGGCAAGCAUGAGGAUGCCCUGGAGAGCCUGAAACAAGAGGAAGAGUUGGUCCAGGGAGGCCAGGCUGACCAAUCAGAUGUGAGGAGUCUGGUGACCUGGGGCAACUACGCCUGGGUGUACUACCACAUGGGCAGGCUGGCAGAUGCGCAGAUGUACCUGGACAAGGUGGAGAACACGUGCCAGAAGUCUGCAAAUCCCUCCCACUAUAGAAUGCAGUGUCCUGAGAUGGACUGUGAGGAAGGCUGGGCUUUGCUGAAGUUUGGAAGAAAAAAUUAUGAGCGGGCCAAGGCCUGCUUCGAGAAGGCUCUGGAAGCAGACCCUGAGAACCCUGAAUUCAACACAGGGUAUGCAAUCACUGUCUAUCGGCUGGAUUACUCUAGCAGAACACCCAAUGAUAAUAAAAAAGUGUGUUCUCUACAGCCCCUAAGGAAGGCCAUCAGGCUUAAUCCAGAAGAUGCAUACCUUAAAGUUCUGCUUGCUCUGAAGCUGCAGGAUAUUGGACAGGAGGAUAAAGGAGAAGAGUACAUUAAGGAAGCUCUGGCCCAACAGUCCUCCCAGACAUAUGUCUUUCGAUACGCCGCCAUGUUUUUCCGCAGACAAGGCCAUAUAGAUAAAGAUCUGAAGUACUUGAAAAUGGCCUUGGAGGCAACGCCCACGUCGGCCUUCCUGCAUCACCAGCUGGGACUUUGCUACAGGGGACAAAUGAGGAAAGUUAGAAGGCAAGAUAGGGAAAAUGUGGACAGACUGAGACAAUUGGCUAUAGGUGAGUUUCAAGAAACUCUGAAAUUAAAGCCCACGUUUGAAUUGGCUCACGUGAACCUAGCAGAAAUGUAUAUGGAAAAAGGGCAGUACAGAGAGGCUGAGGAACAUUUUCAGGAAGCAUUACGCAUCGAGAACAUUGACGAUCACAUCCAGCAAGACAUUCAUUACCGCUUCGGCCAAUUCCAUGAGCUUCAUGGACCUUCUGAAGACAAAGCCAUCACUCAGUAUCUAAAAGGUCUAAAAAUAGAAAAAGUGUCCCAUGCCAGGGAAAAACUGCUCAAGGCUUUAGAGAUUUUGGCAGAAAGACGUGUGAACGAGAAUGUCCAAGUUGUGGAAAGUACCGCCCUCCUUGGGCUCAUCCACAAAUUGAGAGGGGAAGUGAACGAAGCUCUGCUGUGUUAUGAGAAGGCUCUGAGGCUGGCUGCUGACCUAAACUCCAUGUUCUGAAAUGGAGAUCACCGUUAUCCAAGUAAUGUAC